AGUACGUAGGUACUACGAACGAAUGUUGAUCGAUGUUAUUUUAUUUCGGAUUUUUAUAAUAAUUUCUAGUUGUACUACUCAUUAAAACAAGUUGCAGUGGGCCAUUACUUUAAAGUCUGCCGAAACGCAGGUUUCUCUGGUAAAUAUGAAGUGGACGGUACAUCUGGAGGGUGGGCCGCGGCGAGUCAACCACGCAGCCGUGUGUGUUGAAGACAAAAUAUACUCGUUUGGUGGCUAUUGCUCCACGGAAGAAUAUAGAGACUGGGCACCCAUACCUGUACAUAUUCUAAAUACCGAAACCUUAAGAUGGGUCCCAGUGAACUAUAAGAAUACAUUAGUUAUCCCAUUCCAAAGAUAUGGUCACACUGCAGUUGCCUAUGGACAUAAAGUUUAUAUGUGGGGUGGUAGAAACAAUGCUGUUGCUUGUGACAAGCUAUCAUGCUUUGACACAAAGACGUUAGAAUGGUCCACCCCUGACGUAACAGGCAUGGUGCCGUAUGCCAAAGAUGGCCAUUCUGCAUGCAUUAUAAAGAACAAAAUGUAUAUCUUUGGAGGCUUUGAAUAUCUGACCGAUCAAUACUCGCAGGAUGUCCAUUGCUUAGAUUUAGAAACUAUGCAGUGGAGUUACGUAUUUGCAACCGGGUCCAUACCUACACACAGAGACUUUCACACUGCUGUAGCAGUCGGUGACAGAAUGUAUGUGUUUGGAGGGCGUGGUGAUUUGAACAGUCCUUACAAUUCCCAGGAGGAAGUGUACUGCCCUGAUGUUUACUAUUUAGACACUGUUAAAGAGAAAUGGGUGUGUGUGAAAGCUACUGGAACAUGGCCAGAAGGACGAAGAAGCCACUCUGCCUGGUAUUACGGUGGCUACAUGUACAUCUUUGGAGGUUUCAAUGGCAACAACAAGGCACAUUUCAAUGAUCUCUAUAGAUUUUCUAUAAAGGAUAACAAAUGGGAGUAUGUGCAUGCUACUGGCAAGGAACCGUGCAAAAGGCGUCGCCAAGCUUGCCUUCCCUAUAAGGAUAAAGUUUACCUAUUUGGUGGUACUAGCCCUUGCCCUCACGCGUCACCGGUCAACGUUGACGAUCCUGAACGGCUGAUAGACAACAGCGACCUCCACAUCUUGGAUUACUCGCCAUCUCUCAAGACAUUGAGCCUUCUACAGGUGCUGGAGCAUGACUUAGACCAGUCCUUGCUUCCAAGAGACAUUCAAAUUGACAUUCGGAUGCUAACCACUCCGAACCGCAUUAGUCGACCCAUCAACCAGGCCGGGUGAUUAAUAAUUAUCUACUAUGAAGAUAGUGAAGAUGAGUGAACAAUAUGAGACCCCCCUACGCUGACGUCGUCGCGUCGACACUGCGCAAGUGCUGCUGACAAGUUGGUGACGUUUGAAUGACGUUAUAAUCGUUGCGGCGCCCGCGCUUGUCUCGCGUCGUCGUUACUCGAGCACCCACAACACAACGACGACGCUCGAAAGACGCUACGUGUGGGGGGCCUCUUAAAUGUCACGCGGACCGUAUUGA